CAAAUGUGAAGAAAUGCAGUAAUGAAGGACGUGCGCUGAUGCAGCUGGACUUCCAGCAGUUCCUGAUGAAGCUGGAGAAGCUCACCGACCUCAGACCAAUUCCAGACAAGGAGUUCGUAGAGACCUACAUCAAGGCAUACUACCUUACUGAGAAUGACAUGGAGCAGUUCAUCAAGAACCACAGGGAGUACUCUAUGAAGCAGCUGACUAACCUGGUCAACGUCUGCCUCGGGUCCCACAUCAACAAGAAAGCGCGACAGAAACUCCUCGCAGCUAUUGAUGACAUUGACCGGCCGAAAAGAUAAAUAAAUGUCACCAAACUCCACACAAAACACACACACACACACACCUUCACUGUUACUUGGCCAGUAUCUAUUAUCAUGCACGACCUGCAUUUUUUUAACCAUGUAAACGUUUGCAGUUUCUGUUUACAUUUUAUUACGAAUGUAAGCAGGACGUGCUCUGACUAUGUUUAAAGCGGUCAUUUGAAUGGAUAAUGGAUAAUGAAGGCGUUAUUAGUAUCACUUGAAUCACAACACAAAUGAAUGACUCAUGCGCUAUCAUAAACAUAGCUGUGGCUAAGCAACCGUGUUCUUCUGCCAUAUUUCCCUUUUUGAGGAAUUUGUGCUGGAUCUGCAUUUUUUAAAUGAUACCAAGAUUCCCUCUAACACACUGAGACUCCAUCUCUGACACUUUACACAAAAAGCAUGUGCGUUCCUUGUCUGGUUUUGAAAGGUCACUGUCAUUUCGCUAGCUGUGCGUCACUGGUCUCGCCCUGUUACAGAUUCCAGAGACAUAUUGUAGUGUUGUUGUCAUUUGUCAUGAAACACAUUUGUGCAGGAAUGUGAUUACUUAUGUUAAUAGUAAUAAUAGAGCAAGACUCUAAAAAAAGACCUGAAACCUUCCUGUUAGAAAGUGAUAAAACAAUUUAUUUAAGAUACCGUACGUCUGAAAUGCAGAGAAACUGUAUUUCUCCCGCUAAAAUGUGUUGCUUUGUUUGUGGUUACUAAAUUGUGUAAUACUAUUCAGCUGUACCAAGUUGAAGGCAAGGUCGUACAAUAAAUACGCUAACAUUUUUGUCAUGCGAAUGAUAUUUUAUAAUUAGUUUCAUCCUUUUUUCCUUUUUUGUGGUAUGAAAACUUAUCACAAUACGCCAAUGUAUUCAGUCCACUAGUCGACAUUUUAAUACAUUUUGAUGUUCAAGUGUGCUGAAUCCUCACAUUAAAAAAACAUAUUGGC